AUGCUGAGCCGACUGAUGAGCAGCAGCAUCAGGAGUCUGGACAGGGAAUGCAACUGCACUGUGAGGCUGCUGGACGAUUCGGAGUACACCUGCACGAUUCAGCGGGAUGCCAAGGGGCAGUACCUGUUUGACCUGAUUUGCCACCAUCUCAACCUGCUGGAGAAAGACUACUUUGGCAUAAGAUAUGUUGACCCAGACAAACAGAGGCACUGGUUGGAGUUUACAAAGUCAAUUGCCAAACAAAUGAAAUCUCAGCCUCCAUUCACUAUGUGUUUGCGUGUCAAGUUUUACCCACCUGACCCUGCUGCCCUGAAAGAGGAAAUCACCAGAUAUCUCGUCUUCCUGCAGGUUAAGAGGGAUCUCUACCAUGGUCGACUCCUGUGCAAGACAUCAGAUGCUGCUCUGUUGGCUGCCUACAUAUUACAAGCUGAAAUUGGUGACUACGACCCUGGGAAACACCCAGAGGGCUACAGCUCCAAGUUCCAGUUCUUCCCCAAGCACUCAGAGAAGCUGGAGCGGCGGAUUGCUGAGAUCCACAAGACUGAGCUGAUAGGUCAGAGUCCCGAAACGUCAGAGCUCAACUUCCUCCAGAAAGCUCAGAUGCUGGAGACUUAUGGAGUGGACCCUCAUCCAUGCAAGGAUGUGUCUGGCAAUCCAGCUUUUCUGGCUUUCACUCCUUUUGGAUUCACUGUGCUGCAAGGAAACAGGAGGGUCCAUUUCCUCAAAUGGGAGGAGGUGACCAAACUCAAGUUUGAAGCAAAGACAUUCCAUAUAUAUGCAAAUCAGAAGGAGGAUAAGAAAAUCAUACUGACUUACUUUGCACCGACACCUGAGGCCUGUAAGCACCUGUGGAAGUGUGGGGUCGAGAAUCAGGCCUUCUACAAGUUGGAGAAGUCAAGUCAAGUCCGCACUGUGUCCAGUAGUAAUCUCUUCUUCAAGGGUAGUCGCUUUAGAUACAGUGGAAAGGUUGCAAAGGAAGUAAUGGAACAAAGUGCCAAAAUUAAAAGAGACCCCCCUGAGAUCCACAGGGCUGGCAUGGUCCCAAGUAGGAGCUGUCCAUCCAUCACCCAUGGCCCUCGUUUGACCAGCGUGCCCCGGACCCGACGAAGAGCUGUGCACAUCUCCAUCAUGGAAGGUCUGGAGUCCCUUCGAGACAGCGCCCACUCCACGCCUGUGCGCUCUGUCUCCCAUGGCGACUCCUUCAUGCCUUCCCGGGGCCAGAUGGUGGACGGCAGUGAGGCAAGUACAUCAGCAAUCAUCUCUGACGAGGCCUACAGCCCCUCAGACAGCGUGCUGCCAACACCUGUGGCUGAACAUGGCAUGGAGAUGCCUUUGGCUCGCCACCUCAACGGCUCUCCCUGCAGCAUCGAUGAGGAAAAGGAGUCAGAGGCGGGGACAUCGAAGGACGGGCAGGCGGCAGAGUUUGGGCCCAGGAGGAGAGCCCUUCGUAUGGUUAAGAGCAGGCCGUCACCACCGAGCGACGUAGAAGAGCUGAACAAGUUCGUCCUGAGCGUGUUGCGUCUGUUCUUGGUUACCAUCGGACUCCUGUUCGCCCUGCUGCUGCUCCUCAUCAUGCUGACAGAGUCAGACCUGGACAUUGCCUUCCUGAGAGACAUCCGCAAGACACCAGAAUUCCAGCAGUUCCACUUUGAAUACUUCUGCCCUCUGCGGCGCUGGUUCGCCUGUAAGUUACGAUGGAUGGGAGGUUUCCUUAUCAGCAAGUGAGGGGAGGAGAAAGAUGCAGAGACUAAAUGACACAACACAGGCCUCCACUGAUAUAGAUGGGACGUGACAGACAGGUCAGGAGAGAGGGUUAAAGGAGGGGAAAAAGAAUAAGGUGGCAGCCCUGUUCCCAACACAGACUCUACUUCUCCCCGGGAAGGAGUUCCUGUCACAAGCCACGGACUGUCCCCUGAAUAGCCUUGUUUAUUAUGUUUGACCAUCACUGCGAGGAAAGAAAAUCCCAUUUUACUUUGGAAAUGAUCACAAAGUCACAGCAACAGGGUUUAUUUUAAACACUGAAGGGACAAACAAGUCUGACAGACUUCACUUAUUCAACCACCGACGAUAGUUGCCUUUAUUUUUGUAUUAAAUUAUAUGUUGUGACAUUAUCGUAAGACAGAAAGACAUGAUGUGUUGACUUGAUGUGUGUUCUGUGACCUGAAAGUCUGAGGAAAGUUUUGAGAGAAAACAAGAUGGGAGGGGGGGGGGGGGUCUAGCUCAUCUACUUUUCUCAUUUCAAAGCCAACAACAACGUUCAUGAUAAUUAAAUGCUCUCAUAAUCGCUGCUAUGACACUGAUAACUGCUGUUUGCAGUUGUAACAGUGUCUGCAUGGUGGAUGGAGGGGUCAGAGAAAGUGUGAAAAGGAAAACUGAGCAGCCGAAUGUAGAUCAGUCCUGAGUAAAAUAUUAUUUAAAUAUUUUUUUUUGUCCCCUUGAAAUUUUUAGGCCAAUAUGUGGAAUUUGCUGUGAAGAGCCAAGACAAUAUAACUCACUUUUGAGUAACUGAUGACUUCCCUGACUGAAUUCUGCUGAUGUGGUAUAUAAGCACACAUCUGGCAUAUUAAAUUGAAACAAGUGCUAAGAAUUAGUUGCAGUAGCUCCUUGACCCCGGAGUGAUGUCGGUGCUGCCCUGUUA